CUCUUCCUUCAAGUUCCACCGUCACUCAUGGCUCUCAUUCUUCUCCUCUUCGCCAUGGCUCUAAGCGAACCUCUCACCCUCACCCCCGUCCAAGACUCUCCCCUCUUCGAUUGCCAUCGCCUCGAUCAACAAUUCCUCCACACUCUCGCUUACGAUGCCCUAGUUUGGAGCCCUCUCCACGGCCUCCUUGUCGGCGACAAAUCCGUUCAGAGAUCGGGAAGCGUUCCUGGGGUUGGUUUGGUGCAUGCGCCGCUUGCCUUGUUACCCACGCCAUUUCCGGAAAAGCAGUGUAGAGAAGCGACUGAGUUGGAUGCAAAGUUUCUGCAGGAAUCGCUCUCAAGGUUAAUUACCUGGUUGUUUCUCAAUGCUGAACUAAAAACACGGAUGAGUACAAAAGUAAGAGGUGAACUCAUCCCCGUUCUUAAUUUUGCAUUGAGAAACAAAUAGAAGCAAAAAAGAAGUUAGUGAAGUGUGUAUUAUUAGUCGGACUUUUGUAACGUAACACCAAGAGGAUUAGUGUUUUUGUUUUAAAUAUUAUUUCAAAAGAACUCUUUUAUACUCAUAUUCUCGUUGCCAGA